AUGCUAGCUAAAAGAAGAAGUCUCAUCAAUUCUGACGAGAAACGCAAAGCGCUGCAAAAUGUCGUUCUUGCACGGGGUCGACUAAAAGGUGCAUUAAAAACAGUCAGCAAAUCUUCGGAUGAUAGCACUGGCGACGACGAUAGCGAUGAAGAAUCGCAGAUGAAACGGAAACGCUUGGAGCCACCCACCGUUUAUCAACCUUACAUCAUUAACCUGUUUAAUCGUGGUAUUGAUGUGGCCCGUUUCCGCGAAAACUCACCACUGUAUCCGAUGUGUCGCGCCUGGGUUAAAAACAAUCCGCGGCAGAAGAUAGAGGAAACGAUCAGCGCAUCAGCUACAAAACCGCGUGUUGCCAUAAAGCGUGAGCACAAUCCAGAUAUCGUAAGCCAGCUGGCUAAUGGAGAGCUGCAUGAGAUCAAGGAAAUGCCUCGCCCAGCAACCACGAGCAUGGAACCGUUCCUUGUAAUAAAGCCGCAGCCAGCUGAUGACUUCGAUAUUGAUAAAUCGUCCCAAAGCAAGGAUGAGAUACUAUCGGAGCAUUUGGUCAACUGGAAGAAAUUGCGCGAAUCCAACAUAACGCACCGCAAGCAGUACGAACAAGCACGGUUCGGUACAAGCUUUAAAUUGUUAGAAGCACUGAAGAAGUGA